GGCCCCGCCCCCCGACCACGCGGGGCUCCAGCCGCCGCCCCAAGCUGGAGUUCCUGGAGCGGACUUGCCUAGCGCCUCAACCUACCCACAGGGAUUCCCUCUCUAGCCAAUCGCAUUUGAGCAACGGGACUGCCCCUGACAAAGAUGGCGGGGGAGGCCUCCGUGAGGGCAGGCUGAUUUAACACCCAAACCCACGGCGUCUAGGGAAGACAGUGGUAGUAGCGGCGCGGCCCGACCAUGGAGGAGGGCAGCAGCGGUAGCGGUGGCAGCGGUGGCAGCGACAGCAGCACCGGUGGGAGUGGUGGAGCGCAGCAAAGGGAGCUGGAGCGCAUGGCUGAGGUCCUGGUCACUGGGGAGCAGCUACGGCUCAGGCUGCAUGAAGAAAAGGUUAUUAAAGAUAGGCGACAUCAUCUCAAAACCUACCCAAACUGCUUUGUUGCCAAAGAACUGAUUGACUGGCUGAUUGAGCACAAAGAGGCUUCUGACAGAGAGACAGCAAUCAAACUCAUGCAGAAGUUAGCAGACCGGGGCAUCAUUCAUCACGUGUGUGAUGAACAUAAGGAAUUCAAGGACGUCAAACUCUUCUACCGCUUUCGGAAGGAUGACGGCACCUUCCCGCUGGACAAUGAAGUGAAGGCCUUCAUGAGAGGACAGAGGCUGUACGAGAAGCUGAUGAGCCCUGAAAACACACUCCUGCAACCCAGGGAAGAGGAAGGGGUCAAGUAUGAGCGCACCUUCAUGGCGUCUGAAUUCCUGGACUGGCUGGUGCAGGAAGGCGAGGCCACCACAAGGAAGGAGGCCGAGCAGCUGUGUCACCGGCUCAUGGAGCACGGCAUCAUACAGCAUGUGUCCAACAAGCACCCAUUUGUGGACAGCAACCUUCUCUACCAGUUCAGAAUGAACUUCCGGCGGAGGCGUAGACUGAUGGAGCUGCUCAAUGAGAAGUCCCCCUCUUCCCAGGAAACUCACGACAGUCCCUUCUGCCUGAGGAAGCAGAGCCACGACAAUCGGAAAUCUACCAGUUUUAUGUCCGUCAGCCCCAGCAAGGAGAUCAAGAUCGUGUCUGCGGUGCGGAGAAGCAGCAUGAGCAGCUGUGGCAGCAGUGGCUACUUUAGCAGCAGCCCCACCCUCAGCAGCAGCCCCCCUGUGCUCUGCAACCCCAAGUCCGUGUUGAAGAGACCCGUAACUUCAGAGGAACUCCUGACUCCCGGGGCUCCAUAUGCAAGGAAGACAUUCACGAUUGUUGGUGACGCCGUUGGUUGGGGCUUUGUGGUGCGAGGAAGUAAGCCAUGCCACAUUCAGGCCGUGGACCCCAGCGGCCCUGCGGCAGCGGCGGGAAUGAAGAAAGAGCACACAAGCUGGGAAGGGAUGGAGAGAAAAGGAGACACAGAAUCUGAAGCAGGCACCAGGCUCUGAGCUGUCAGCACAGAGCACAACGUGGGGCUGGAACCCACAAACCAUGAGAUCAUGACUUGAGCCGAAGUGGGACACUUAACCAACUGAGCCAUCCAGGUGCCCCUAGAAUUUUCUUUCCUAAAAGCUCCCUUUUCUUUCCAAAUCUACUUAGCCAUUUUUAUAAUUCCUUUUUCUUAUCAUAUUCUCAAUUCCAUGUCUUAUUUUCUUGAACAUAUUGUGUGCUUAUUAAUUUCACCAUCUAAAGUUUUUGCAGAUCUGGUUCUAUUGUCUGUUUUAUUUCUGCUGUCUGUUGCUCAUGAUCUCUUAUUUCCUUAUGUAUUAUGAGAUUUUUUUUUUUUGAAUGCGUAUUCAUAUUCUUUGGAACCUUAUCAGUGGAAUUAUUUGAGGCCCGUGUUUAAAGUGAGUUCCUCCAGAGAGGAUCAAAUUUGUUUCUGCUGGAUGUUUAGGGAUAACAUCAACAUGUGACCAAUUCAAAAUAACUCUUAGCCUUGGGCUUUUUAAUUCCAUGGAGAGUGUGAAUUCAGGCCAUAAACCUUGAUGACUAUCUUUGGGCUAUAGUUUCUCAGAGAAUCUCUUUCUUCAUCCAUUCACUCAUUUCCAAGAUUAAAAAAAAAAAUCUUUACUGUCGGCUUCUCAGAGUGGGUGUAUUUCUGGAUCUCCCUUUCAUUGGUGGUGCAGCCAUUAAGAUUUCCAGCUGUAUGUGGGAGUCACCUAGAAGA